UGGGCGGCAUUUGUCAAGAACGUCAACAAGAAGUAACCAUCAGUAACGUUGUAAAACUUAUUUUGAUGUUUAGGAAGUUUUAGAAAUGAAUAUAUCGUUAUUAAUACAAGAACUGCGUUGUUUUUGACCAGUUGGAUUUGAAUUAGAUUAUCCAUUUUUUUUUGUUAUUCAUUUUAUCAAGAGCUUUCGUUUGGAAUGGAUGCAGCGUGGAUUCAUUGUUUGUUUAUAGUGAAUCAUAAGAUCAGCUGACUAACGUUAGCUAGCUAGCUACCAAUUUCUGGUUUAGCAAAGCAGCUAACGUUACAAUGUGUUUGGAAAUUACCGUUCAGUAUUCAUGCUUCCCAAAGCACAUUUGAAACGAACUCUUAUUUACCAAGCUAUAGCUGGCAGUGGUAAUAGCUAGUUGUUAGCUAGCUAACUUGCUAGCAUUAGCUUUGUUUUCAGCAAUCUCACCCAUUGACCCAGUGAGUGUAGGACACUGGCAAGUUGCUGUGGCUAACUAGCUUACCAUUAAAAAUAUGCCUUGUACUUGUGGCAACUGGAGGAGAUGGAUUCGGCCUCUGGUCGUUCUUCUAUACUUUCUGGUUGUACUUGUCGUCCUACUACCCCUGUGCAUCUGGGAACUACAGAAAUCAGAGGUUGGUACCCAUAACAAAGCAUGGUUCAUAGCUGGGAUAUUCGUGUUCAUGACCAUACCCAUAUCACUAUGGGGGAUCCUGCAGCAUCUUGUAAACUAUACUCAACCAGAGCUACAGAAGCCAAUUAUCAGAAUAUUAUGGAUGGUCCCCAUUUACAGUUUGGACAGUUGGAUUGCGUUGAAGUACCCCAGCAUUGCCAUCUACGUGGACACAUGCAGGGAGUGCUACGAGGCAUACGUCAUCUACAACUUCAUGAUCUUCUUGCUCAACUACCUGGGAAACCAGUACCCCAGCCUGGUACUGAUGCUGGAGGUGCAGGAGCAGCAGAAACACCUUCCUCCCCUCUGCUGCUGCCCGGCAUGGCCCAUGGGAGAGGUAUUGCUAUUGAGAUGCAAGCUGGGAGUGUUGCAGUACACGGUUGUCAGACCAGUCACAACAGUUAUUGCCUUGAUAUGUCAGCUCUGUGGUGUGUAUGAUGAAGGUAACUUCAGCUCAACCAAUGCAUGGACGUACCUGGUGAUAUUCAACAAUAUGUCCCAGCUGUUUGCCAUGUACUGUUUGGUCCUGUUCUACAAGGCCCUAAGAGAGGAACUGGCCCCCAUCAGACCAGUGGGGAAGUUCCUGUGUGUCAAAAUGGUGGUGUUCGUCUCCUUCUGGCAAGCUGCGUUCAUCGCUCUCCUGGUCAAGGUUGGAGUAAUCUCAGAGAGACACACGUGGGACUGGGACAGUGUGGAGGCUGUAGCUACAGGCCUACAGGACUUCAUCAUCUGUGUGGAGAUGUUCCUGGCGGCCAUCGCCCACCACUUCAGCUUCACCUACAAGCCCUACAUCCAGGAGGCUGAGGAGGGAUCCUGCUUCGACUCCUUCCUGGCCAUGUGGGACAUCUCUGACGUCAGGGCUGACAUCUCUGAGCAAGUCCGCAACGUGGGGAGAACGGUUAUGGGCCGAACUAGGAAGACCUAUUUUGGUGAGGCGGAGGAUGACGGUGAGCGCUCAGGCUUGCUUUCAGGCUCCAUGGACGCCAUCGGUCCCACGGAGGCCUUGUCCAACCCGGUGUCCCCCAAGGGUCGGUACCAGGGCCUGGGCAAAACCCAAACGCCCCACUCCCUGUCAGCCCCCGCCGGGCUCAGCAAUGCUCAGUGGAUUGGAGAGGAGAGAGAAGACGAUGGUAGAGAAGCUCCAGAGCCCAGAAACACCAACAACGAGCCAACAGACUCGGUUACAGACAACCUUGUCGUUAUCACCUAGCUUAGCGUCAUCGCUAAAAUCCUCCAAUGGGGUCUCUGAAUGCACGUUAUACCAAACAGUUUGGCAGGAACCAAGUAUGGCCUCGGCUACGUUUCCCCUACAGAUGAUAUUUGGCUCAUCCGCACAAGACCAAAUUAAAGCAAGCGAUGAAA